AUGGCGGGAAACUUGACAGCCGACUUUGUGGAGUUCUUAUCAACACACCAGGAAGAAAUAACAACUUACGUUGUAUAUCCAUAUUUGAUCUUAGCGGUAGUGGUAUAUCUAGUCUUCGGAAGUAUACGAAGCUUCAAUUAUAGAACAAUACCUGCAUCUGUACAUCAAAAAAUCCUUUUGAUCACCGCUCACCCAGAUGACGAAUGCAUGUUUUUGGCUCCGGUUGUGUUGUCUCUUGUUCGGGAAGGACAUUUGGUCAGCAUAUUGUGUCUUACAACAGGAAAUUACUAUGGAUUGGGUGAACGCCGUAAAGGGGAACUUUUACGAAGCUGUGAACUGUUGGGAGUUGGUAGACAGCAGGUCAAAAUAGAGGACAACAGCCUUUAUCCUGAUGAUCCCUCCGUAUCUUGGGAUGAAGAAGUUGUGAGUGACAGAAUACGCUCCACCAUCUACAAAAUACAGCCAAAUGCUGUUAUCACAUUUGACUCCAGUGGAGUUAGUGGCCACAGUAACCAUAAAGCUGUUUAUUCUGCUCUCCUGAGCCUGUGUAACCAAGGGAUUAUGCCACAAUAUUCUAGAGUAUUCUGUCUGAACAGUGUAAACAUCCUCCGCAAGUAUGUCUCCAUCCUGGAUCUGCCGUUGUCCUAUGUUAUGUCACGAAACAUCUACAUCUCCUCACCAUUAGCUGUCUUUAAGUCUUGGAGAGCAAUGUUCGCACACAGAAGUCAGCUGACUUGGUUCCGCAUCCUUUAUCUCAUCUUCUCUCGUUACAUGCUGAUCAACACCCUCACUGAAGUCUGUCACCAUGGCGAUUGUUAAGGGAGACAACUCCUCUGUGAAAUAAGUACAUGUAUCAAAGAAAACUCAAUUUUAUACAGAUUUACUGUUUCUAUUUUAGAAUAUAAAUUUAUCAGUUUUUUUUUUUGUAAGCAUACAUAUAAAACUGUAUUUUCAUUUUUUUUAAAUUUGUUUGUGGUGCAGUAGGCGGAGGGUUAAAUGAUACAAGAUUGAUUUUACAGAUACUAGAUUUACCAACAGAAAUUUUGAGGAAAUGUUUGUACUUUGGACUAAAAGUAAUAGCACCUAUAAGUUUAUAUAACAGGUACAUAUUUUUGUUAUUAUGAUUAAUAAUCACAAUUGCUCUGUUUUUUGUUUUGUUUUUUUUUUAUCAUUCAAUUUAUUUUGUUGCUGAUAUAACAUCUAGGAAACAGAAUCUAGAUUUUUUUUUAAUUCCAGCUUGUAUUUUUAUUUUAGUUUGUGAGAAGUUUGUUUUGAACAGUUUUUAAUAUAAAUAACAAAUCAAUCUGUAAGUCAGUUCUUGCUUGUGAGUGGGUUUUUUUGAUGAUACAUAUCACAUCAUAUACAAUUAAUAAUCAUGACUUUCCAAUAUAAACGCCUGUUUACCUAGACCAUCUGUCUAAAGUGAAGAACAGCAUGUGGUGUUUUCUGUGAUAAAAUUCAAACAUCGUUUAAAAAUAUUGAUUUGUGGAUUUUUUCAAGGUCAAUUCCAAGUUUUGAUAUUACAAUGAACUUUAUCCUUUGAUAAACCACCAGGAAGAAAAUUAAAUCCUUAAAAAAAGUUGAAGUUUCUUUGGAAUUUUGUGGGAAUUUCUUGUUGAACGUCUGUAAAGGGACAAAAUUUAAACAUAACUUAAUGAUUGUACAGGAAACAGAUUGGCUGGAAUGUGACUUUAAUUUUUUGAGUAUACUUUCAUUGUAUUUUGUAUUGUAUCUGUGACUUUGAAAAAAAUACUCAUCAGUUGUGAUGGAAAUUCAUUUUAAUGGCAGCUUUGCAUUGUAGUGCUUCAUCACUUGAAUGUAAGAUGCGUGUAGCAUGCACUAAUCUUCCAAAGGGCACAAACCAUAUGCCAGAAUCGUUCAAAAUGCGAAAACACACUACAUGAUAAUGUUAUGAUUGUACAUGCAGCAGAGAAAAGGAGAUAAGGGUUUAAUAUUUGUAUCUACAUAAUGAUAUAUAAAUCAUGGGAGAGAUAUUGUUUGUUAACGUCUACACACAUACUGUAUGUGUUACUAUUACUAGGGGAGGUAAUUUACCAAUAUAUCCCUGUCAGGUGGAUGCAUUUUGUUCUGUGGUGGUGAGUUAUUUUAUUAUCUAUAUAUCUCUAUAUAUAUAUAAAAAUGAUAUAAUAUACAUUUUAGGACAUUUUUAUCAAUGCAGACAUGUAACAACUGUUUUGUUAAUAUUAUAUAGCGUUUUUUUUUUUAGAGAAAGUUUCCUCGAGCUUUUGGAAGCUUUAUAGAAUGGCUGGUACGUGUAGUAUUCUUUAGGGAUUUGAUUCUCCUUAUCUGUUUUUGUUUUAGUUUUGAAAUUUUUUUACUUGAAGUUCAAAUGUCAUUGAUUUGUAUUAGUUUGAUAUGAAACAUCCGAGUUUGCUGGACUUCAGAAUAAUUAUUGUAUUUGAAAAUUGAUUUUUUAUAUACUGUACAAUCAAAUUGUGUGAAUGAUGAAUAUUUGGUAUUUAUUUUCUUUGUAAGAUUGAUAAAGCCUUCCUUGAAUAUGCCAAAAUUUUUACUGAUAAACUUAUUCCAGUCUUUUUGUUAUGUUUUCCGUUUCACUUGUGUAUACCAUUUCUUUUUGUCUGCGGGAGCCUCUCUAAUAUGCACCCCAAAAUUGCUAAAUCUGGAUGUUUCGUAAAUAUUGCAUUCACGUAAUGUAGUUACUGAAUUAAAACAUUGGACAUCACAACUUAUAUAGGCAACAUUGGUCUUGUGCAGUAAAACACAGCACAAGUUACCAGCAGAAUUCACAAUUGCCUGGUCAGCUGGCCUACAUAUUGAUAACCUCAGAUCCAGGUGGAUGUCUCACUGCUCCCUACCCUUGGCUGUGUCUUUUUCUUUGAGAGCUGAGAAAUGGACCAGUCUGUGGUGUUGUGGUUGUGUUCUUGUUAAGGCUCUUUACCCUAAUUGUGAUGUCAUGCGAAUGGCCUCUUGUACAUUUUAUUUUACAAAGAUUGCAGGUGUUUAGUUGUUAAGACUACUGUGGAAUAUUUACAUGUGAAUAAAUUCUAUUUUACAUAAACUCUUCUUCAAAUGGAUUCACCAUAUAUCAAGUGAAGGCAGAACCACACAAAAGUCCUGCAAAUACUCUUUGAACCAAAGAUAUUGUCGUCAGUUAUUAUUUUGAUAACAUUGAUAUGGGGUUUUUUUUUGUUGCAAUUCAGAGUAAUAAAUAAACAAUUUUAAAAAACGACCCCAAACAUAUUGAAUCUGAGCUUCUUUUUUUUUUGUGAUGUUUUGGUUCGCUUGGCUUGUCAUGAUCACAAUUUGUCCAUAUAUAAUGAAAAGUUUACACCAUGUUGCAAAUAUCAGAAAAACAUUUUCAAAACAGUAAUGUGAAAUUGAU